AUGAACGGAGCAGAAGCCGUGGUUAUGGCCAAAUGGCUGAUGGGACUGACGAUUGCGGAUGCCGCACGCAAUCCGGGAAGUGUGCAUCAUGAGCUGCGGGCAGCAGUUUUCAUAAACUUGGUCCGGAUGCGGAAUGCAAUCUCCAUGAAGGGGGACAACCACCACUGCACACUGAGCCCAGAGAAUGUUCUCAAACUGCAGCAAGCGAACUACUUGUAUCAUAGUGCACUCAACAGUUUGGCCACAGAAGCGAUCGAUAAUGGGCGCUUAUUGUGGAAGCUGCGUCCCAAAUUCCACAAGCUCGAUCACAUUGCCUAUGAUCAAGCCGCAAGAAUCAACCCCAUUGUCCUCAGCUGCUACAUGGAUGAAGAUGCAGUCGGGAAGAUCAAAAGAAUGGCAAUGAAGUCUCACCCUUUACAACUCGGCAGACAG